AAAGCGCCCUUUAGUUUUACGCCAUUAUGGCCUGCAAUUCAAACGACACUGGCAUAUUUUAACCCAUUUUACUUUCUAGCCCAUAAAACUGGGCAACCAGCAGCCGGCAGUUUGCAAAACCCGGAUAUAUUUAUAUUCCAUUAAUUUAUUCACGCGAGCCGUGGUGAAUUUCGCGCUUUGCCAGUGUUGUUAUUUUCGAUAAGUAGUUAUAAUUCAGCCUUAACCGACCUAUUCAACCUUCUUCGACUUCAAUCUUAUCAUUUUACCCAGCCAGGGCAAACUUUGCCUGAAGAGGAACUGAAAUGCCCUUCACCCCAGAAAAUGGAAGCCAAAGUGGUUCUAGCAGGGGACAUCUUUCGCCAUCUUCGUCUUCCGAACCACAACACUCCACAAUCCGAGACAUGUUCGUCGCCUCAAUGAACAGUGUCACGUCCGACACCCUCGUACCUACACCCUACGACCCCUUUUUCUCCUCCCAAAAUGGACCCCUAGAGGAGGGCGGUGCUGUGGGGGAGUAUGACUAUGAGGAGGAUUCGGCUGCUUCAGGCGCGGUGGGGGGUGUGGAGGAUGAGAAGUGUGGGGAGCACUUGAGGAAUGUGACUGCUGCUCACGAGGCCUGGGAGGACUGUCUCAGAUCCAUGAAUGCGGAUGAGGGGUCGAGUAUCGCGUUUCUGAACCUGAGUUCGGCGAUGAAGCACUUCCACACGGCAGUGGCGGACGCCAUCAAAGACCCCUCCCUCUCCCCCUCUCUCCUGAAGGGACUGGAACAGGAGGUCAAUCGGGUGGAGGAGGAAAUGAUCCAGUACAACAGGAACAGCACGGACAAACAACAGCUGGAACUCAUCUCAAAGGCGAUUGAUUUGAUGUUCAGGCACUUUGUAAACAAGUGUUCCUCUGGCAGCACCUGUGCAUUCACAGAGGGAGGGGACAAGGAGUUGUUGAGGUAUGGGGACUUGGCCAUGAAGAAGUUGUUCGAACAGACCAAACAAAUGAAGAAUGCCAUGUAUGAAAUACUGCAGAUGGUCGAAAAGAAAGUGAGUUUGGAAUAUGAGUAUGCAAAGAAUCUGUACAAGAUGGGAAUGGAACAGACGAUUGUGAUGGACAAGAUGUCCCAGACAUUCCCUUUCCUGGACAUACUGCAGAAUCUCUCUGCGAAUGAGAAGGACUUUGCGGUGAACCUACAAGGCACAUGUGAGAAGUUGAUGCGAAAGGAGUUCGUGGAUCCCCUGAAAGCCAGAAUCCAGGACUUCGAGGAGGUGACAAAUGAGUUGAGGAGGGAGUGGCAGCGGAAACAGGCCUACUACGAUAAGGCCAAGGAAAAUAGCAAAGAGACCUACAAUAAGUACUACAGUGCUAGUCUUGCAUACGAGAAAGAAGUGGGUCGAAUCCCGGCUGCAGAAAGGGCCAGGAUAGCGGAGAAAGAGGGCGCCAAGAACAGGGCGUGGACAGAGUACAGGAUAGCGAGGGAUGAACAGAAGAAGGCGUGGAGUGAGUUGUGCAGCAAAAGACAGUGGGUACUCACCUCCACUCUCAAUGUCGUCUGGCAGGCGGAGAGGAAGUUGCAGUCUGCUCUGGGUCACCUGUUCCGCAACUUCACCACUGGACUGCAGCAGAGGCCUCUGAUCUACAAGUACCUGCUCUCGGAGACAGUGGCCAAGACACUAGCUCACAACGAAAACAUAGUAUACGACAUUUUAUACCAAGAUGCAGAGAUCGAGGGAUCCACGAAAGACCAGGAGCAGGAGUUCGAGAGCAAAGAACACCCCUACGAGAAGGACAUUGCGGCCGCAGUGGCAGACGCCAGAUCCACCAAACCCCCUCGAGACGGCUCCAUCUUCUCUGGCAUCUUCUCUGGCAAAACACAGCACACGUGGGAGAAAAUGGUGCCAGAUGAUACCACUCAUUCGUCCAAGUGUUUCGAGUGUCACGAGUAUGUGUACGAGGGCAGUCUGUGUACUAAAUGUGGGUAUGUGAUGCACAGUGAGCAUAAGGAGUUCCCCCUCAAGUAUCCCCAUUGUGACCAGCUCAAAGACUACCCCCCUCCUCCUCUCAGAUACUUCCGACGGGCAGUUGCCGAUCAGCCGUUGAAUGAGGCGGGUGAGCCUCUUUUCCUGUCUCACUUUUUGGCCAUUGUGGAGGACAGAUUCAUCAAAGACAUCGGCAUCUACAGACAGGAGGGGGUGAGGAAGAAGGCAGCCCAGCUCUGCGAAAAGAUUGAGAGGGACAUCUACAGUGUGACAGCGGAUGACAUUUCAGACCACAAAGUGAUUGGAAUGGUGAUAAAACACUACAUCCGCACCAUCCCGAAGAGUCUCCUAGAGGAGAAGUUAUUUGACAGCUGGAUGACCUUGGGAGCAGACAUCGUGAAGAGCAACUCAGAAGGAACUAAAGUCCCCCCACAUGUACUACCAGGAGUCAUCUACAAUCUACAGUCGAUCGCUCCGGCCAACAGACGUGCAGCACGCGUGCUCAUUAUCCACCUGAAGAAGAUAGCCGCUUAUGCUCAAUUCAACAACAUGAACUCACACAACCUCGGAAUCGUAUUCGGUCCCAACAUCAUUCGGAAAACAAAAACUGAGAGCGCAGCCCCGGUCGCCCCGCAACACAUGGUAUCCGCCCGCGACAGCAGAGAUCACACCGACUUACUAAAAACAGUCAUGGUGUUUAUGAUCGACAACUACGAACAAGUUUUCGAAAGCGAAGCCCUGAGCAGUUCAUUCUCCAAAAGCACGACAAGCUCUUUUAGCAGCGGACAUGUAAGUAACGAACCAUCGUCACAGCGAGCAAGCCAACUGAGUCACGGAUCCGACGGUCAAUAUGUCGAGUUGGACCCGCUUCAAGCGAUGGCAAUCAAACGAGGAUCCGAGUUUUCGACCGACAUUCACUCGGCUUCAUCUACCGAACACUUUCCGCCGAUUGACGACUCACCAAGCACGAGUCGAAGUCGAACGCCGGCGCCAGCGGUGGCCCAUUCGGACGCGAACCUGACAGGUCCGACGUCAACCAGGACUCGUAACUAUGACACUCACUAUCCUCUUCAGUCUGUUGGAAACAUGAGCAAAACUUCGUCGAACUAUGAACUGAGAUAAAAAUUUGAUAUGUCAAUCUUAAUUUUGCGGUCAUUGUCCAUUACUGCUGGUAUUAUUUUACAGAUUAGAGCCCUAAAAAGCCUUUAAAGGACAAUGCUCAUUUUAAAUCAUAUCUUUUCUCAUAAAUUGUUGGGUUUUCUUGAUGUCUUACAAUUUUCAAUUCAUUUUCAUUCUCUACUCUCAG